GUUGAUUUCUGGAAAAUGGUGUGGCAAGAAGACAUUAGUGUAAUUGUUUGUCUAACGAAUCUCAAAGAGGGGAAUAAGAACAAAUGUGCCCAAUACUGGCCAAAUUCCAGUGACAAGAUAACGAAAGGCAACAUCAGCAUACGAAACCAGAAAGAAAACGUAUACGCGGACUACGUCAUCAGACACUUUCGCUUGCAAAACAGCACCGAUAAAGUUGAGCGUGACGUGUGUAUGUUUCACUACACACAGUGGCCAGACCACGGUGUCCCAGAACCGCUGGCUCUCGUGGUAUUCCAUCGACACGUUCUGAAAACUUCUGUCGAACAUCCAGGGAAGUACACUCUUGUCCACUGCAGCGCUGGGAUUGGUAGGACAGGGACGUACAUAGCAUUGGACGCGCUUAAUAAGGGAGGGGAGAUAACCGGGAAAGUUAAUAUCCGGCAGUAUGUAGAAACCAUGAGAAACAACCGUGCUAACAUGAUCCAGGGCGACGAUCAAUACAGAGUUGUUUACUUGACAUUACUUGAAUCAUUCCGAGGAAAAGGAAGGUCUGUAUCAACCAGGACAUUUCUACGAGAAUUCCAGGAUCAUUCCUGUUAUAUCAAUCUCGGAGAUGUAGCCAAUAAAUCGCCACUUUCUGCUGAAUUUCAGGACCUGUUGUCCGGAAGACGAGAAAACACACAAGAAGACUACAAAACAGGGCGGCAAAACGUAUCAGCCAAUUACACACCCAGUGUUCUGCCUGUUGAAAGUUACAUGUGUCCAUUGUCAAACACUAAAGGGAAGAACACCUACUACAACGCAGUUUCUUUACAGUCUUUCACAAGAAAUGACCAUUUCAUCAGUGCUCAAUAUCCUCUCCCAGAUUACACAGAGGACUUCCUGAGACUUGUGAAGGCUUAUUAUGCACCUACAAUUGUAUCCCUGAGCCCGUUGGCAGAAAUCGAAUCGUCUUCACUUUGGCUUCCUGCUAAAAAUGAAAGCAAAACGGUUGGAGCAUUCACGACUAAAAUGACAGAUUGUACACAAACCACCACCGUCACCAAGACUAGCAUUACUCUGCACCAACAGGGAGCUAGUGGCAUGCGCGUUUGCGUACUGGAAUGUAGAAGAUGGAAAGGAGAAAGCGACUCCUCAAACCGGAGAGUUUUACUUGAUCUCAUCAACGAAGCAAGGGUGGAGAAAAUGACCCACCCCGAGGGAAGGAUUCUGGUUCUGUCGAGUGAUGGGGCCAAGCGAUGUGGACAAUUCUUGGUUGUAUUCAAUGCUCUGGAACAACUUACCAUGGACACAGAGGUGGACAUAUUUACAAUCACAAGACAACUCCAAAUCCGACGGCCAGAGUUCAUAUCUUCUUUGGAAGAAUAUCAGUUUUGUUACGAGUCCAUUGCUGAUCAUCUCCAAAAUGACACAGUUUACGCGAAUUGCUGAGGACCAAAGAGACUGUGACAUUAAACGCAAUGAAUUACACCAACCACCCUCCCUCCUAUAUAAUAACAAUGGAAACACAUUGAAGAAUUUUUUUCAGUCACUGGAGACCAGUAUUAUAUAUGUACUGGAAUUAUUAACUCACCCACACUUCACUUAUUGUAUUUGCUUGUUUCUUAUUAACUAGUCUUCCGCUUCUUGUUCUUCUGCCUUAAAAUAUCCGCAGCCGUUGUCCGUAACCAGUAGAUGAAAGUAUUAGAAAUUCAAGGAUGUGAUAAGCAAUAUAUCUUGUUGUGUAGAAAUGUUUUUGUUUUCAGAUUAAAUGGUGUUCAGUUAUAUUUUGGGGGUGGGUCCAACAUAGAACUAUGUGUGGAAAAAUUAGUUCCAAAAUUCAACAGAUAUAACGGUUUUUUUUUUCAGUUUUAACAACAUUUAUUCAGGUAUAUAGUCAGGCUUUUACACAACCCUUACAACCCAAUCUGACCAGGGGGUACAGGGUUUUAAGAAUUCCAACUCUUUCGCUCACACAUUCACACGGACAUACAUUCAUACUAAACGAAGGCUAGAAGUACAGAAAGUAGAAAAUAUUGAAAUGUACUCUGGCUGAGUUCAUAAAUAUCAUACUAUAAUAAUUAACAAUCAGAUAUAUGAUGUACUACCAAGGUUGUUAUUUUAAAAAAUACUACUUUAAACACACUAUUGAUUGAAUAUACAUUUACCUCACCUCUUACGAAGAAAAAGAAAAAAUAUAACAAAUGUAUAUAAUACUAAAAAAGAAGCAUUCUAGGAUAUUUUUGUUUUAACAUAGUUUACGUUAUACUAUCUAUCGGGGUAAUGAGUGAAAUCUAUGCUACUGUUUGUUACACCUCUUGGUCCCUUGGAUACGGAGUCAUCCGUAGUCAAAAUCAGUGUGCCAAGAUAGGCCUAACAAUCAGUAUGAUACGCAAAAGCUUCUUCUGCGUAUGAUCAGUUUUUAGAUAGAGACAAGCUACCGACGAUAAG